AUGAUUGAGAAGAAUGAAAUUCUUAUCCAAAUUCUCUUAUUCCUGAGUAUUGGAACAUUCUUAUGCUCCGCUUCCUCGACAUGCCAGACAGAGAUCCAUCGUGAUAUGUAUGAAUCUGUAACAUGGGGAAUUCAAGGAAGUCCUUACUGUCUAAAUUUUGCACAUAUCCGCAUACUUAGCGGCGCAACAUUAACCAUUGAACCUGGCGUUGUGGUACAUUUUCAUCAAUUUUCCCGCCUUUCCAUCGAAGGAAGACUUAACGCCACCGGUUUACCGAAUAAAUACAUUCAUUUUAUAGAUGAACGCAAGGGUAUGGAUAUAAUCAAAUUUCAGCCUUCACUGUACUCUAUACCAAACCGUGCUAAAUGCCAAGAUCUUCGUUCCAUAUUAUCCUAUUGCAAUAUCACUGGCUCACGAUAUGGAAUUUUGGCAGCGAAUACAUUCCUUCAAUUAGAUCAUGUACAUGUUCAUGGAUCCUAUAUUGGAAUUAAAGCAAUAGACUGUUGGAUACGAAUUAGACAUAGUACAAUCACUGGUGGCCAUACUGGUGGUAUCAGUAUAAAGAAUAUUCGACAAAAUUCUAAGCUAUCAACUUGCAAAGCCAUUGAAAUUAUGAAUAAUACUGUUACGAAAGCGAUUACAUGGGGCGUUCUUAUUGAACUAGCGCAAAUUUCAGUCCAACAAUACAUCCGCAUUAGUAAUAAUCGCAUUAUACAUAAUAAUCAAGGCAUAAAAAUUAUAGGAAAAGGAAAAUCAUUAACGAUUGUUGAUAACUUUAUUGGAAAUAACUCAGGAACUGCAAUGGAUAUUAAAUUUACAGGUGUUGUUAACAUCGUUAGGAAUCAUGUUGUGAAGAAUAAAGCAAAUGGGGCUUCUAUCAUCCACGUACGACCUAGUUCAGCUUUCAACAUUACAAUUAAGGAUAAUAUCAUUAAUGGAAAUACUGCAAGUGGCAAUAUCCUAUACUUAGAUCAAAAUUACUAUCAACAGUUUAUUCGGAAUCAAAUAAUGGAUAAUAUUAUAACCCCGAUGAAUAAUUCGCCAAUUUUAGGCUCAACAUUAGUCCGUGAUCAGAGUGAAGAACAGUUAGCUUGUGCUAUCUAUUUCAAUUUUAUCAACAUUGUCGACGCAAGAAAUAAUACAUUUGCCAAUAAAAAACUAAAUUGCGAAAUAGAUGUAUCGCAUUCUAGUGCUGGCUAUCUAGAUGCACGCUAUUGCUACUGGGGUAGUAUUAAUGUCUAUUUUAUUACUGAACGUAUUAUUAAUACUAUCGUCAGUCCAGUGGUUUAUUCAAGCUAUUUAACUGGACCCAAUGACAAAGUUUAUCAGAACGAUCCAUUUCUCCACUUUGGCGCAAUCUUAAAUCAUGAAACAUGGACUAAUUUUGAUGGCACUAAUAGGAUACAUCGAAUACUCAAUCGGACAGUCUUGAUUCUACUACCAGGUACGCAGCUAACGAUAGAUAGUGAUCAAAGUUUACUUGUUACCCAAGAUGUUGGAAUAUAUGCUGAAGGGACUGUAACCAAUCCUGUUAUAAUAAAGAUAAAUCGUAGAGGAAAAAUUAUUACACAUCAGAAUAGCACUACUUCAUUUCCGCCAUUAAUUUUCCAAAACUGCUCUAUACAAAAUUAUCAAAUUAAUAAGAUGACUGGCCAACUUUAUUUUCGAAAUGUCAACUUUAAUUCCGAUGGCGAGAGCGAUAGUAUUAUCAUUCAAUCUGGUAAGCCUAAAUUUUGUCAAUGUAAUUUUACCCAAGGCUCCAGUAUUAUGUUAAAAUAUAAUUAUGGACAGAAUAGUAUAGAAAUACAAAAUUUAGUGGGCCAAAAUGUCAUCAAUGGAUGCACAAUAUACGGUCGAAAAGGCAAUGGUUUAAGCAUAAGCAGUAAAUGGAAUAAAUCAAUUCAGCCGUUAAAUUUAACCAUUCAGGACUGUUAUUUUACAUCGUUAAAAGUAGCAAUAUCGAUUCAAGAUUAUGCUGCUAGUGGUUGCUUGAACAUCAAGAACAAUACUUUUCAUUCGAUCUAUCAGAGCGCUCUCCUAUUUAAGCAAAGCCAAAAUCGACUGAUGUUAUUAUUAACUAUCCAAGAUAAUCAAUUGAUUAACAAUAAUUACAGCAAGCAACCAUUAAUAGAUCUAUUAUGUCACCCCAAUAAUUCUAAAAUAGAUAUUGCUAUAAGCAAGAAUAACUUUACGUCUAAUUAUUGUGGAAAUUUCUUACUCCAAGUUUUUUGUCAGUAUCACAUAAAUAAUCAUUACGGUCACAAAAGUAAACAGCCAAGCAAUCGAAGAAUUAAUAUUAAAGAAAAUUUUUUUAAUAUGAAUGAAAUCCAUCAAACUGAUCUAAUUUCAUUAUGGAUAGACGAUUCUUCUCAAUUUAGCCAUAAUAUACUCAUUAAUACAGUUAAAACUAGAAAUACUAAUCAAGACGUAUGCAUCGUAAAAAAUCGAGCGAAUUCACCACUGUAUCAAUGGAAUUAUUUCAAUAAUGAACAAAUAACCUUUCAAUUAUGUAAUUUAGCCGCAUUUUCUUACCAUAAAAUGAUCAAUGCAGGUUAUAAUUAUUGGGGUGUUGAUCAUUAUGAUAAUAUUACAACUCGAAUUUAUGAUACAAGAUGGAAUUCAAAAUUGUCUUAUGUUAACUACAAUAACUUUAACAAUCGACAGAAGAAAACAUUUCAAGCAAACUUUACUAUCCAUUCUGGAAUCCUCCACUCCAAUGCAACAUGGUUGAAAAAGGAUAAUCCUCAUUUAAUUUACCUCUCCUUAACGAUAUCACCAGAUGUUGUACUUCGAAUACAACCUGGAGUUGUUAUUUAUCUCGAUAUAGCUUCACAAAUAAAUGUACUUGGUAGUAUAACAGCUGUCGGUAUUCCAUCUUUACCGAUAACUUUUACUAGCGUAGAGCAGUAUGACUAUAACCAUCGAAACAGAUUGUAUUGGAAUCAAAUUCAAUUUUAUGAUAAUAAUCGAUUAAGUCUGCUACAAAAUUGCCUUUUUAAAUAUGGAGGAUUAUGGAAAACUAUGAUUCAUGUUGCAAAUCCAAAUGUUCGAAUGAUAAAUACUACAUUGGCAAUGAGCUAUAAACAGCUAUUUUCAGUAUCAGAUAAUAUAACAAAACAAAUCUGCUAUAACUGUACGCUUAUUAAGAAAUUAUCAAGUAAGAAUAUGACAGAAAACUUUACUACCAUUUCAAUCCGAUCUAAUUAUGCAAAUCAUCAAAUCAUCGCUAUAGAUAUUCCUCAAAUUGACUAUCAUAUUCAUCAAUUAGCUGUGUUGGUGCCUUAUGCAUCAACAGAAGAGAUAAAUGAGCAGAAUCAUACAACUUGGAAUAACUAUACGUGGAUCUACCCAAUUAAGCAAGCAUCUAUGUAUCUACAUUGGAAAACAAAUAGAACUGACUCAAAUAGGACGCUACCUGUAGAGAUUGAGAUUUGGAAUAAAACUGCUCAAGAAAAGAUAUUGUCUAUUGUGGUGCCACUCUUGUUAGCUGUAUCAUCAAAUAUACCUGAUAGUUCAGAAACAGUUACAGCGACGCAAGUUUUUAAUGGCAAUCAUUAUGGCACGGAACAAAGUUCACUAAAUCAUGCUACUCAACUUACCUGGAACUUGGCUACAUCAAGUAUUAUAGCUAGUCAAUCAUUAACUUUAUCUCUUAAUUCUCAGUUUAGCAGUGUUUUUGAUCAAUCAAGAGAUAGCUAUUCGCAAUCAUUGUAUAACAGCGACAGUUCAGGAGAUGAGGUACGGCCCUCUACACGGAAAUCUUUAUUAUAUCAAGGAUGGUCAUCAAUGACAGCUUCGUCAACUUUCGAUUUUUAUCGUAAUACUUUUGUGGGUGAUUUUAAAACAACUUCUAUCCUAGCUAGAGACUUUAAUCAUAAUGGAUCAACUGUAUUCGUUACGACAGCUACUAGUAGUAGUAUGUUGUCUAAUAAAGUUCUACCAGUAACAACUUCAUACAGAAUUUUAGAUAGCAGUAACACCAAAACAACUCCAUUAUCCUUUACUACUAGCAAUCUAACACCAUACAAAGUUUCAUCUAUGAAAGGAUACAGUACUACUUCUGAUGGUUUAGUAACAGCAAUAAUAUCAAAAGCUACUAGUAAUCUAUCAUUUAGCAUUAUGGCAUCCGGGUCAUCAGCAAUUGCAGCUUUUAAUAGUCCAGAACUAACAAGUACACCGGUUAUAUCGAUUACAAGUCAGAUAUCUGAUAGCACUAUGAAAACAUCAAAUGAACUUUCUAGUAAUUAUGAGUUCGCAGCAGCCAUGUUACCCAGAUCUACAAUUAUUAUGCCUUCAAGUAAAAUCACAUCCAUAACAUCAUCAAUUGAAAUUUAUGAUGGUCAAGAAUUAACCACCUGGUUGUCAUCAACAUUUGCAGUUACUAAAUCAACGACCGAAUUAUAUAAUAAUAUAAGAUCAACAGCAUUAUCCUUACCAAUAGUUUCACCAGUAAUAUCAUCUGACGAAAGCAGAAUAUCGACUAUGUUUUCUGAAAGCUAUACACCAAUAAAUGAUAUAAGAUCGUUAUCCAAAGAUUUCAGUAAGGUGUUGUCCAGUCAGAUUACAUCAGUAAGCUAUACAUCGAUAAAUGAUAUAAGAUCGUUAUCCAAAGACUUCAGUCAGGUAUUAUCCAAUCAGAUUACACCAGUAAGCUAUACAUCGACAAAUGAUAUAACAUCGUUAUCCAAAGACUUAAGUCAGAUAUUGUCCAGUCAGAUUACAUCAGUAAGCUAUACAUCGAUAAAUGAUAUAACAUCGUUAUCCAAAGACUUAAGUCAGAUGUUGUCCAGUCAGAUUACACCAGUAAGCUAUACAUCGAUAAAUGAUAUAACAACGUUAUCCAAAGACUUAAGUCAGGUAUUAUCCAGUCAGAUUACACCAGUAAGCUAUACAUCGAUAAAUGAUAUAACAUCGUUAUCCAAAGACUUCAGUCAGGUGUUAUCCAGUCAGAUUAUAUCGUUAAAAUUACCAAUGGUUUACUCUAAGCUAUCUUCAAGUUAUUCUGUCGAUCAAACUGACGUAACCAUUCUGACUCGCUCAUUAUCUAAUGAUCAUGAUAAGAUGACGAUAUUAGCAUCAACAGCUACAUUAUCAUCUGACAGCCUUACAGAAUAUUUGUCAUCAAAGUUAGAAUCCAAAUCUAGGCUUAAUACAAUGAUACAUAACACGAUAAAUGCUAUGAAAUCGUCAAUUGCACCAUCUAAUAUCGAUUCUAGUGAUUGCUGUAGCCAAUCCAAUAUCCUGACUACAAGUAUGGUAACAAAGAGCCUAACAUCAACAUCAAGAGAAUCUUAUAAUGAAGAUACUAGACAAUCAAUGUCGAGGCUGGAUGUUACUACGCAUACCAUAGAAGAAAGAUUAAUUCAAGAAUCACAACUAAUCCAAUCAACUUCUAUAACAUCGGAAAUGAUCAGCCAAACAGCAUUGACAGAAAUGAAUUCAUUUGCAACACCGAGCAAUUUCAAUAAAACUAUAUUACUCAAUGAAUCUGGUAAUAUUGUGGGUGUGACAGUAUCACUGGUGGCUGUAGUUAUAGUAAUAAUCAUUGUUGCUAUAAUCAAAGUUAAGAAGCCAACUUUUAGAUUAUGGUCAUAUAACUCGAACAGAAUUCGUGCAGCCCAUGAUAUGGAAUUACCAAUAUAUCUUCCAGAAGGAUCGAAAAACCAUUCUGCAGGAUCAUUAUGA